AUGGAGUUGCCUUCUUUGUUUAUGCUGGUUUUGUUGUGUAGGAUAGAAUUAUGCACAGGAGAAAAUAAGGAUGGAUAUGACGAAUUAAUUACUGUCGCGGACAUGAAGAAGUUCAUGGUGGAGACUUCAGCUUCUCUUCGUUAUUACCAACAGAAGACAGAGUCUUUACAAAAUAUUGUAACAAAACAGGAACGUGAAAUACAGGUCCUGAAAACAGACCUCUCGAGACUGACAUCGGGAAAAUGUGACGACAUGAGAAAUAUUGAUAAAGGAGGUAUCAAACGAGUUGCAGAGUUGAAUAAUCAAACUGUGGGUGUUGCGUUCUACGCCCAGCUAUCCACCGACCAGUCCACUUUUGGUACUCACCAGACCGUCAUAUUUGACCAAGUACGGACCAACAUCGGGAAUGCCUUUAACCACGAUGAUGGAGUGUUCACGGCGCCAUCUGCCGGAGUAUAUGUUUUCUUCUGGACAACAACAAAUCGAGAUAGAACACACAUGCAGACGGAGCUGGUUAUCAAUGGGGUACAGUAUGGAAGAGCAUGGGCCGACUCGGGGAAUCAUGAUGACGUUUCAAUGGCUUCUAAUACAGUGGUCGUAUCGCUUGUGCAAGGGGACACCGUUUGGAUCCGAUCUGAUACUACAUUCCGGUUUCACAAAUGGACAGAACUUUGCAACGUUCUCUGGCUGGUUGUUACAUUAAAUAAUAAAGGAAUAAAACAGAUACAACCAGCAUUAUUUUUCUGGUACUGA